AUGUCUCGAGCCUGUUCUCCACCGGGUACUGAUGUUAUUGUUAUGCGCGUGUAUGUGUAUGGCGUUUGCGCGAUAGAGUCAGCGAGAAGAAGGCAAGGCAAGACCGACAUGCCGCUGGCGUGUGAUCGUUCAUUUCUGCGUCGUGAACCUGAUGAUGAGGGUGUGCGUUUUAUAGCUCGUACGCUAGGCCAGCGCUUCCUGUGCACAGUGGCCGACGACGGACGGACGAACAACGGACACGGUACCGAUGAUUCGUCCAUCGCUUCGCCCAACUCCAGUCACGUCCCUGACGGCACCGACACCAACGACGUUCACGACGAGCAUCUCAGCAACGCCAUGGAUAGUCAGACCCACGUGACGUGCAAACGACGUCAGGGUUAUGCGCGAAAGUCCAACUCGCGGUGCAAGUCGGUGUUGGUAGCGAAGGAAAGAAUUGGAGCUUUAGACGAGAUGAAUGAGUCAAUAGCCUGGUGGCGAUACCAGGACGAGAUUGUCAUAUCCGGCAUCUCCUGUCGGCUUCCGGACUCGGAUAAUAUGGAAGAAUUCGCGCAACAUCUAUUGAACGGUGAUGACUUGAUCACGGAAGACGAUCGACGUUGGGAACCUGGGUUAUUUGGACUACCACGUCGGCACGGCAAAAUCAAGGAGCUGGAAAAAUUCGACGCUUCUUUUUUCAACGUUCAUCCCAAGCAAGCAAACAACAUGGAUCCUCAGCUGAGGCUGCUCUUGGAGGUAGCGUACGAAUCUAUCGUCGAUUCAGGUCCCAGCUUUGCCGUGGACACCGCAUGUUCCAGCAGUCUGCUGGCUCUUCAACUGGCGGUCGACGCCAUCAGGCAGAACCACUGCGAUGCGGCUUUGGUCGCCGGCACUCACUUGACGCUAACGCCAACAACCACUCUGCAGUUCAUGCGUUUAGGUUUAUUGUCGUCUCAAGGAAUGUGCCGCUCAUUUGACUCAAGCGGUGACGGUUAUGCACGCAGCGAAGGAGUGCUUUGCAUCUUCCUUCAAAAGUCAUCCGUUGCUCGUCGUUGUUACGCCACCGUCAUUCAUGCAAAGAGCAUUACUUUUCCGUCUGGUGACAGACAAGCACAACUUCUGAGGGAAGUGUACCGCGAAGCGGGCGUUGACCCAUCGCAGGUAGUGUAUAUAGAAACGCAUGGAACCGGAACGAAAGUUGGCGAUCCCCAAGAAGCGAAUGCGAUUUGUGACGUUUAUUGCAAUGCCCGCGAUACCCCGCUGCUGAUCGGCUCCGUAAAGUCUAACAUGGGCCAUGCAGAGCCCGCCAGUGGCUUAGCAGCCGUAGCUAAAGUACUUUUACUUGAUUUUGUUGUGUGUGUCGUAUGUGUAACGUUCAAUGUAUUCUUGCAGUUAUGAUA